UCACGGCGCCCGGUUGGCCUCCUCACCAGCUUGCCCUUGAUUGGAAGUACCGUCGCUUGAGGUGCUAUUCAGCGAACAUCCGGGUGAAUACGUGUUGGUCUUAGAUCUUCUUGCGAUGGGCGAGUAUUUUGCCGUAUUGAGGUGGAGAAAGUGAGUUUGGCGUUUGGUUUCUGUGAAUUGUGAACAGUCGAAUUGGUUUCUUCUCUCGGAUGGACGUGGAGGAUACGUAGGGCGGGAGAUGGUGUGUGGAGUGGUGGAUAUUUCGUUGUUAUUAUAAUGGUGAUGGUGUGGGGAGGUGGCGAAAAAUGCGAGGCCCCGGGAGAUUGGAAGUCGUUAGAAUUGUGUGAUUUCGGACGAUGUGUGUUGUGGUGCCUCCCGUACAGGUUACGAUUCAGUUGAGAAGGUUUUGCUGGUGGUUGAUUGCUUUUGGGAAAUGUACAGCUCAGCUCGGAGAAUUGAGAAAAAAUCUCUUCUAAUACACAUGAAUUGCAAUUGCCUUCUGAUACGAUGCUCUGAUCAUUGUCAGGGGUUUUGCUCAAGGCUUUAGUAAGUUUAGGUUUGUUGUGCGGUAUUUCGCGAUAGGUUGCGGUGGGGUGUCAAAAGUAGUUACAAUUGCUUAGGGAGUGGUGUUCGUCAAGUGACGUACUCUCAAUGGCAGAGCCUGGUUUGUCUCCGUUGUCUCUAUCGCCGUCAUCCUCUCGGCCUACCGCGAGACCUGGAACUCCUAGUCGUGAUUCUAGCGGAGGGCCUCCCCCUCUCCCUGCCAGCCCCUCAAAGAGUCCACCGAAGAGCUCUCCGUUAAAGAGUUCCUACUUAGGCUUGGAUUCUAAGUAUCCUACACAAAGAAUAACCGGAGACUACCUACUGUCGGGUUCAUUCCAUGAAAGGCCGGCAGAGGUUUCCAAUUCUAACCUGGCAUCAAAUGCAGCUGCUGAUUCCUCAUCAAUUGCAGCACUUGAUGCAAAAGUGAAUCAAGAAAAUUUGGAGCAGGAGAUUAUGCCUUCCUCGGCGGGCCUUGAAGCUAGAGUUGCAUUGGAGCAGACAGCAGCUGCUGCGAAGUAUGGUGCGCAUACGAAAAGUGUUUCAGAUGGUGCGGACGUCCGGUGGUACUUUUGCAAGACUCCACUCCGCCCUAAUGAAGCUGCUGCACAAGUGCCAGCAUCCGAGGUUGUAGGCAAAGGCGAGUACUUCCGAUUUAGUCUACGGGAUUCACUUUCACUGGAGGCUUCAUUUGUACAGAGAGAGGAAGAACUGGUGAAAGGAUGGUGGAAGGAGUAUGCAGAAGUCAGUGCCGGCCCGACAAAGUCUUCUGGUACCCUUCCCAAUAUCCUCCAAAGUGAUAAGGGAUCAACCGAAGAGAAGUUUGGAUCAAUUAGUAGUGCUAGCGAUGGUAGAACAGGCCAAAAAGGUCCCGGUAGUACUAAUUCCGAUUACGAUGACGAUGAGGAGAGCGUGGGCGUGCUUGUCAAGGCCGGGUUAUAUGAGGUUGACCUUAUGCGGCGGAGGUGUAUCCCAGUCUACUGGAGAGGGGAGCAUCGCCGCGUAUUACGCGGUCACUGGUACGCACGGAAAGGUGGACUUGAUUGGUUGCCACUUCGGGAAGAUGUGGCUGAACAGCUAGAGAUUGCUUACCAUAAGAAGAUAUGGCGCCGUCGAAAGUUUCAACCAUCAGGAUUGUAUGCUGCCCGUGUCAAUCUCACUGGCACAACUAUGGGACUUCAUGCGCUUUUUACGGGAGAGGAUGACAACUGGGAAGCAACGCUUGGAGUAGAUGCCUCAGGUAUUUCAGCUAUACUUGGUUUUCAAGGAAGUGGUGUGAAGCUUCGACGUGGUUUUGCUCCCCCAGACGGUGUAAAUCAAACUCAGGACGAACUGAGGCAAAAAAAGGAGGAAGAGCUGGAUGAUUAUGCUUCUCAGGUGCCGGUUCGCCACGUGGUGUUUAUGGUGCAUGGUAUUGGACAACGACUCGAAAAGGCAAAUUUGGUUGAUGAUGUUGGCGCUUUUCGGGAAACUGUUACAGCGCUGUCAGAGCAACAUCUUACGCCACAUCAACGUAAUGCACAACGAAUUUUAUUUAUACCGUGCCAGUGGAGGAGAGAGUUGAAGCUAGGUGGCGAGGUAGCUAUGGAGCAUGUCACUUUAGAUGGUGUUCGUGCUCUUCGGACAAUGAUUACGAAAACUGUGCACGAUGUUCUGUAUUACAUGAGCCCUGUUUACUGCCAGGAUAUUAUUGAUUCUGUCACUCGAUCCCUAAAUCGACUUUACGCCAGAUUCAUAAAGCGAAACCCAAGUUUUGAUGGCAAGGUGUCACUGUAUGGACACUCUCUGGGGAGCGUUCUAACUUAUGAUAUUCUUUGUCAUCAAGAUACAUUGAAAUCCCCAUUUCCAGUUCAAAGUAUCAAUGCUGCCAUCACACGUAAUGAUUGUGAGGAUGACAUGCCGAAGAUAGACCGCCUUCCUUCUAGGAUAGAAAAUGAGUUCAUUCCUGAGGAUGGGACUUCUGUUCCGGACUCAUUGAGGUCGGCCAGUAACCCUAAAGAGUCUUCUGAUAUUAUUUCUACCGCUAUUUCAGCAAACGAACUUAUACCAGAAGUAGAAGCAGUUGAAAAUGAAGACGCUACAGCAGCUGAGGAUGUCGCGUUAGAAGCACAUAAGAUUGGAAAUAUCGCAGUGUCAAAUGAAGAUACGGACGUUUUUCCGCGUAAUAUUUUCACUAGCAAAGUAGGUGAUAUGUUGGAAGAUGAAAUUGCUAAGGAGCAUACCGAAAUCUCAGAAGAUGCAGGCGUUGUUAAAUCACAUUCAGAAAUUUCAGAAGAGACAGGGGUUUCAAAAUCGCUUUCAGAGAUUUCAAAAGAGGCAGGUGUUGCAAAAUCACACUCAGAAAUCUCAGAUGAGGAUGACCUUGUAAAGAAGGAUACAGAGAUUUUGAUGCAGGAUGACGAUACAUUGGAGUAUACACAAACCUUACACGAGCAUGAUAAUGCACAGGAGCAUGCUGAUGCCUCAGAAGAAUUUCAGGCUUUAGAGAUGAAAAAUUCUGAAAAUGAGAAUGAGGAUGCUGGAGUGGAUUCUAACAUCAUAGGGCGGGAGUCUUUACCGGACCUUGAGGGUGCAAACUUUGAAAAUUACAUAUCUGAUGCAGCCCAGAAUGCGCGGCUUCAGGACACAGAGCAAGAAGCCGUGCAGGACAUGGCGGGUGUUGAGGUUAAGAAAGUAUCAGAUGAUUUUGAUCAAGUGAUGGUGAAUUCUGUUGAAGACUACGAAGAGAUACCUGAGAUUGAUAGAUUAAAGGCAGAGGUAUCUGCGCUAAAAGAAAAAUUGAGGUUGAUGGAGGUUGAAAAUCGGGUUCACCAUAAACAACAGGAGACCUCUUCUGAAAAUAGAGAACGAUUAGACCACUCCAUAUCGCGCAAAAAUGAAAAUCCGCAAGGUUCACCAGGUUCAGUUGAAGCCGGGAAAAUGCACCAUGGUUCUGGAGAAAAUUGUUCCGAGUUGCGGCAAAGCACUCCAGAUGUUGACUCCGAAAAUGUAAAAGGGAAGUUGGAGCCAACUAUUAGUGCUCGUAAACAACAUCGGCCUUUCAUCAUUUAUCCUAAACUCAAGUUCAAGGUGGAAACGUUCUAUGCAGUAGGAUCUCCACUUGGAAUGUUCUUAGCACUUCGCAAUAUACGCAUUGGACUAGGAACAGGGACGGAGUACUGGCAAGAUGAAGGCAUUGAUGAAGAAAUGCCAGCCUGCCGCCUUUUACUGAAUAUUUUUCACCCCUAUGAUCCAGUAGCAUAUAGGCUAGAGCCGCUUGUUUGUAAGGAGUUUGUCGACCAAAAACCUGUAUUUAUUCCUUAUCAUAAAGGAGGGAAACGCAUUCAUAUUGGACUCCAGGAGUUCGGUGAGGAUAUAAGCAUGAAAUCCAAGGCUUUCGUGAAUACUAUUAGUGCUGUUGGGACUCGAGUGGCUUACGCUUGUACUUCAAAGAAAGAUGAGAGUUUGAGAGAGGAAGAGGAAAAAGAGAGAAAUCGAAAGAAACCUAAAACUUAUGGACAAAUGGUCAUGGAGCGUCUCACGGGAAGUGCAGAAGGGCGCAUUGACUGCAUGUUACAGGAUGCCACAUUUGAGCAUCAGUAUAUAUCUGCAAUCAGUUCUCACACAUCCUAUUGGCAAGACCAGGAUACAGCCCUGUUUAUUUUGAGGCAUCUAUACCGUGACAUCCCUGAAAAACCAGAGUCUGAGGAUGUUCCAACGAUGGAAGCAAUUGAUGAAACGAUUGAUGAUAGCAACGCUACGGUGAAUUUGUCCCCUGUUCCAAGUGCGCAGGAUGACUGGGACUCUGGUGAUGAUGACUCCUCUUCGCUUUUCUUCAGCAAGGAGGACUUCGUUGCUUUGUUGGAAACAGAUCAAGCCAAAUCCACCCCAAAUCAGAAAGUGUAAAUAAUUGCGUACAUACAUUCACGUGCUAGUCCACACCAUAUGCUCUGUAGAAUCAUUAUUAGAUGCCCAAGAUUGUGACCUAAUUCAUAGCUUGUUGUCCCAAUGACCUCUGCAAUUGAGACAACGAUUAUGUACGAACGUAUCAUGUAACAUCUAUGAUUAAAGCUCGAGUUCGGUGUCGGGAGCCUAGUCUCCAUGACACGUCAAAAUCCUUAUAUUGUCA